GGUUAAGUCCUCGCUUGCUGACAGUGUGAGUUCAUUUCUGACAUGUUUGUACUGCUGAAGUGUAGCAGCUCGCGGUGCAUUGUCAGUAAUGGUGUGCCACGAAUUGUUCUUAAUGUGUGCACUGACCUGUUGCAGAGUGCCGUCUUUCAGUGUCUCUGCUUUGAUGUGGUCAAGAAUCAUUGCCUUCGGUGUAGCCAGCAGUGAUAUGAAGUUGACAUAUUCCUCUGCAAUCUUGGAGGCUCUUGUUCUCCCGGAUGUCUGAAUUGGUAUUGGAUGUCGAGACAUGUAAUCAGCAGGGUUGUCUGCUCCCUUUCUGUACACAAUCUUCAAGUCGUAUGGUUGGAGUCGGAGUCCCCAUCGCUCUAUCCGAGCAGGUGGCUUUAACUUUGGGUUAUUCCAUAUCAGCUCCAAUGGCUUGUGGUCAGUCACAAGAGUAAACUCAUUACCGUAGAGGUAUAGGUGGAAGUGCUCACAGCUCCAGAUGAUCGCUAGGGCCUCGCGCUCUGUCUGUGAGUAGCGCCUUUCAACAUCUGUCAGUGCCCGACUGGCAUACACUAUGACAUGCUUCUCUUCCUUGUCUGUUUGACAAAGAAUCGCACCCAAACCACAAGGGCUGGCAUCCACAACGAGUUCAGUGUCCUUUUUCGGGUCAAAAUAGGACAUGGUAGUGUCGCUGGUGAGACGCUCCUUGAGUGUCUGUAGUGCAGCUGAAUGCUCAGCACCCCAAUUCCAAGGUGCUCCUUUCUUGGUGAGCUCCCUGAGUGGUGCAGUGAUGGUGGAGAAGUCUUUAAUAAAUCUGGAGCAAUAGUUUGCCAUACCGAGAAGGCUUCUGAUUUCGGCGGGGUCUUUGGGAUCUGAUGCUUUAUGUCUGGCUGCCACUUUGCGAGGAUCAGCUGAGAUGCCAUCAGCAGAAAAGAUAAAGCCAGAGAAUUCCAGUCGUUGCUUGUUAAGCUCGCACUUGUUGCGAUUCAAUAUGAGGCCACAUUCUUUGAGUCUGGAAAAGACUGCUCGCAAGGCAUCGUCAUGGGCUUUUUGUGAUGAGCCGUACACAAUGAUGUCAUCGCUUAAAUUCUUGUCACCAGGGAUGCCGUGCAAUACCUGGCAAAUGGUGUUCUGGAAGACCUCAGCAGCUGAUGAUAUGCCGAAACUCAGUCUUUUAUACCGUUUCAGGCCCAGGUGAGUUGUAAAGUAUCGGCUUUCCGGAUGCAGCUCUAGCUGAUGGUAACCUUUGUUGAGAUCUAAUUUUGAAAAUACCCGCGCCCCGUUUAGCUCAUGGAUCACGUCGUCCAUUGUGGGCACGAGGUGACGUUCACGUUGUAUUGCCACAUUUGCUUGACGCAUGUCAACACAGAUCCGUGCUUGAUCGGGGUCCUUAGGCUUCGGCGGGGUAACAAUUGGAGAAACCCAGGGUGUUGGCCCGGUCACUCGUUCAAUUAUGUCGUCUUCUUUCAGCUUUCGUAGUUCUUCUUCGACCUUCUGUCGGACGUGAAAAGAACCCUUCUGUGUGGUUGACAGGUUGGCUGUACCUCAGGAUUGAUGUGUAGCUUCACAUGGAAAUCUUUGAGCUUGCCCAUACCAGUGAACAGUUCAGGAUGACUGUCAAUCAACUCGUCUGAGACACUCCUUGACACAGCUUGCUAGCUGUGUCAUAGCUCAAAAGAGAGUAUCCACUGCCCUUCAGCACAUAGAAAGUUGCCUGUGUGUUUCUGUCCUUUGCAUUCACAGAGCACUCAAAAACACCAAUAAUAGGCAAAGCAUGUUUGGAUCCAUAUGAAAAUAUUUUGAUAUUGGCAACCUUCAUUUCUGGCUGUGGCCAGAGCAUAUUGUAUAUGUUUUCACUGAUUAUGUUAACUGCUGCUCCAGAGUCGAUCAACACUUCAACUUGCAUGUCAUUGAGCAGUAUAGAUGUUCUGGGGUGUUUGGGGCAGGCUUCACCAUAAACUGAAAACACACUCAGGGCUCGACAAUAACGAUGGCCCGAUGGCCUGGGGCCAGUAAAAAGUAACGUCGGGACAGUAAAACCCCGAUCGGGCCAGUGAGUUGAAAAAGAAAAUCGCAUUGUAAAACUUAACAUCCUGCAUCUGUUUUUCUAUCUGCUAAAUGCAUAAGCAACUCUCGUGGUGCGCACCGUUGGUCAAUCGAGAGUUGCUACAGUAGCGAGUGACGAGUGGUUGUCAAAUUUUAAUCUCGAUACAUUAUUUCAACAACCGGCACACGACUGGCGCGAAACACUGAGGUGAAUAUCAGAAGAUCAAGAUGGCAUCAAAAGAGACCUACGAGCUAAAACGCAAGCGACUUUUUAUACCUCAGUGGAAAAAUGAAUUUACCUGGGUUGAUUUUGAUGAAGCUAUGAUGCACUGUGUCAUAUGCCGUAUGUUCCCGUCAAAGGCAGAUAAAAGUGGCUCAUUUUACACCGGCACCGACAAUUUUAGAAAACAAUCACUGACCAGCCAUGCUAGCAGCAGACAGCAUCUGGUUUGCGUGUCAGCCAAGAGGGUCAUUGACAACCCAUCUUCCGGGCCACUGACAAUGCUGGUCAGACAUUUAAAUUUAGAUGCCCACCGUAUCAUUUCUCGACUGAUAACAACAGCAUAUCAUAUCAUGAAGACAGACCAGCCGUUCGCCUCUUUCCCCCAGGCUAUUGAACUUCAACAAAAAAAUGGUGUGGACUUGGGGACUCAGUAUCAUACUGAUGUGGCGUGUCGCAGGUUUGCUAUGGUCAUCUUUCAAGACCUCUGGGAGACCUUUUUGGAGGACCUUAAGAAGGCCAAAUUCAUUAGUGUGCUGGCAGAUGCCGCCACUGAUGCAAGUGUCCGUGACCUGGAAGGGGUUUACAUUCGGAUGCUAAAGGAAGGGAGGCCUAAGAAUGUUUUCUUGGCUGUAGAGGAGCUGCACCAUAAGACAGCAGUUGGUCACCGAGAAGCAUUUAAAAAUAGAGCUUAUUUAAUAAUGACACUGUUAACAGUUUUUCAAAAAGUUGGCCUCCCAGACUGGAAGGAGAAGCUGGUUGGCCUGGGUUCAGAUGGAGCUCCAGUGAUGGUUGGGAAACGUGGGGGACUCUCCACUCUCCUCCGAGAAGAGGUACCUCACCUCAUAAACAUCCAGUGCCUGGGCCACGGAUUGGAACUUGCAGCCAUGGAUGCCAUAAAUAGGGAUGAUAGGAUGAAGAAGGUGUCUGAGCUCCUCCGAGGCUUGUAUAAGCAGUAUCAUUACUCGCCUAAAGCUUGGAGGGAGCUUAAAGCACUCGGUGAAGUCCUCCAGAAGAAGGUGUGGAAGCCGACAAACCUGGGAGGAACGAGGUGGCUACCACAAGUGGAGAGAGCUCUUACGACGCUUCUCAAGGACUAUCCUGUCGUGUUUGCUCGCAUGGAGAACACUAUUGAGACCAGGCAAGUCCAUAAAAAAAAGUUACACCAGCUACACAGUUUGCAUUUAUAGUUAUCUAUUAUUGAACAACUUGAACUUGUGUUGUCUUUCCAGAUCUGCUAGCGCAGACAUGAUUGGGAGGGCGAAGCAGUGUGUGCAAGUUCUAAUGGACUACAGCCAACUCCUUUUCAUCGUCCUUGUCCAGGACAUCCUGAAAGUUUUGAGCUGGUCAGUAGCUAAGUUUUUUUCUAUAGUUUGUGAGUAAUUAGUGAGUAAUCAGUAUAGCAUUAUGAGUGAUAUGUUUUAUCCUUUGCAGUCUAAGUUUGAAGUUUCAGGAGGAUGGUGUUACACUACCUAAGGCCCUUCUGGCCUUUGAGACUGCAGUGCUGAUGCUUACAAGCAUGCACACAGUACCUGGGGAGAGCCUUGAAGGCUUUCUCAAGGAAUCGGCAGGGGGCCAGUUCCAUGCAGUUCAGCUCCAGAAGUUUAGCAGUGAGAGCAGGGACAGAUUUGACAGGUAGCAAAAGAAAACAGAAAUUAUGAGAAUGUUUCUUAAUUCAUUUAAAUAAGGGUGCUCUUAAUAAAGGCCUCAAUAUCACAUUCUCAAUUGCCUAUUGUCCCUGCAUGAUUAUUUUUUAUGAUGUUAUUUUGUUAGAGUGAAAAGUCAACUCUUGGAGUCCGUGAUAGAGAGCCUCACAACCAGAUUCAAGGACCUAGAGACACACAAGAUCCUUCAAGCGGCUGCAAAGUUGGUGGAUCCCAGAGAGUGGCCAAGAGACGAGGCUGAGCUGGCCAGCUAUGGUGUAGAACAUCUCCGGGUCUUGACAGACCACUUUGCCGGUAUCUUGGAUGUUGUGGGCUGCGUCAGGCACGGUACCAGGAGUGGCCCAAUGCAAAGGUUCUAAUCAAACAGCAGCCCCAGGCCCAACAGAGCACUGCUUGGACAGACUUAAUGGCUGACCCAGACAGACAGGAGACCUUCCCCAAUAUACUGAUGGUAGUUGAACUCGUCCUGGUGCUCCCUAUGUCAACAGCUGCAUGUGAACGAGGAUUCAGCGCGAUGAAGAGAAUCAAAACUGAUUGGAGAAGCAGCCUUUCAGUAGAAAUGCUGUGGAAGCUUAAAUAUGUUAGCAUUGAGGGGCCAGAGGUUGCACAGUUUCAGCCAGACAGAGUAGUGCAGAGAUGGCUGUCAGCAGGGGAGAGAGCACGUCAUGUUUGAAGAUAUAAAAGUAAAUCGUUUUUCAGAUUAUUAAAUUAUUAUUUUUUUCAUUAGAAAUGUGAUUUCAAUUUUGUACUUUGUACAUCCAGGAUGGAUAUAAACAAAUGGUGUUUAAUAAAUGGACGGUUAAACAAUGUUAACAGAGCCUGUUUUUUUUUGUAACAAUGAACUUUUGAAGGGGGGCCAGUAAAAAUGGUCUUCGGGCAAGUUUCAAAAAAAAUUUUGAGCCCUGCAUACUGAUCAUCACUGCUUGAUGAGUCCCUUUGUGUACCACACUCUGAUGCAGUCACUCGAUUUACACGUCUUGUGCUUUUCUGUUGUCCAUAUGUGGUGUCUUUGUUAUGAUCAUGACGUACCUUUCUGUCUUGAGCUGAUUUUCUUUGGUUUGAGCGGCACACCUUUGCGAAAUUGUUUGGUUUUCCACAUACAUUGCAGUCCUUGCCUUUUGCUGGACAAUCUCCUCUGUGAGGAUAUCUCCCUCCACAGUUUCUGCAUUGUGUGUCUUUGUUUGCAUUUUAGUUUCCCCUCUGAUCAUUCAUUUAUGGUUUAUAUUUGUGUUCAAUUGCGUUGACAGCAGUGGAUGUACCUUGUUCAAUGCCCUCGGCCUGCUGCUCUGAUAUUUCUAGCGUUCUCCCAAAAUUCAGCAGAGUUUCCAGCGUCAUUUAGGUUCUCUUAGUGCCCUCCGGCGGAGUCUUCCAGAAGUGCAGCUUUGGAUGAGCUGGGCUUUUAUCUCACUGUUCACAUCGGUAAACUCACAGUCUCUGGAAAGCAUGGGUAACCUCGUGUGAUACGUGUCCAGAUUUUCUCCUUGGUCCUGUGCGGCUUUUCUAAACUUGUACACAAGAUAUUGAGUGUUUUUCUUUGGGGUGAAGUAUCCAUCCAGUUUCGUUUUUGUUGUUUCAAAAUCACUUCUUCUUCACCGGCAAGCGUGUCGUAUAUGUCAUGAACACGUUCCCCAGCUAAGUGCAAAAGAAGCGCCCUUUUCCUUCCAUCAUUCAUAAUGUUCAUUGCAACUAGAAAGUUUUCAAAGCGUUGGAUCCACUUACUCCAUCUCGUUCCGACUGAAGUUGGAUCAAUCUCCGUAUCGAACGGCAGAAUAGCAGGAUGGCUUAUGGCAGAGUUCAUAAUUUUUACGUUGCUAGUUUCUUAACAUCCACUGUACGCUGGACUGGUUGGCUAGCCUUUAGCUUUCAAACUCAUGUUGCAAGUUGACUGUUCGGCAUCGGUUUUUCUCCUUUCCUUUUUAAAUAGUC